AUGGCCUCAUCCUCUCGCCCUUCAGGUUCAGCUAACCUGAUCCUUCUUGUCCCCUCUGCACCUACGGUGGAACCGCCAUCACCAGUGGAAGCGGAUGAACCAAUCAGUCCUGAUAGCUUCUCGAAUGAUGAUUUCGAGCUGGAUGAAGAGGAUGUACACAACAUCGCGUGCAACUGGGAUUCCACCCUGGUGGGCUUCAUCAUUGAGGGGAAACCAUUCCGCAAGCAAGCAGUCACAGAGGGUUUACUUGCGGCUUGGAACCCGAGGUACAAGGUUGAUGUCUCACCCCUAGCUGAACGGAAAUUCUUUUUUCACUUCCACCAUGCCAUGGACAUGAACAACGUAUUACAAGAGGGCCCUUGGAACGUCGGAGGAAAUCUCCUGCUGCUGGAGAAGUGGAACAUGAAUCAGGAAUGGAAGUUUACCACCUGUGAGUUUUGGGUUCAACUUCACCUUAUCCCCAUGGAGCUGAGAAGCAAAGAAAUACUCACAGGACUACUCCGGAAGAUUGGUGAUCUCCGCACGAUGAUGGUGAUUCAUGGUAUGCAGUUUGGCGUCAGAGUGGACUAUAUCCAGGCAAGGGUGCUUAUCAACAUCACCAAACCCAUUCGAAACGUCAUCAACAUCAAAAGGAAGCAAGGUAAAGUUUCAAUCGUUUCCGUUCGAUAUGAAAAACUGCCUCUGGGUGCCUCAAGGGGUCUUGCGAUUUUAUGGCAGCAUAAUGUGGAUAUCAAAAUUCUUAACUCUGAUGACUGGGUGAUCGAAGCAGAGGUUCUCCACAAUCAGGGAUCUAGGUUCAAACCCUCUUGCGUUUACGGUGACCCAGUGAGGAGCAAACGUCAACAAGUUUGGGAUAAGCUGAUCCAGCGUAAUGCAGGUUGUCAGGAUCCUUGGCUCUACAUCGGUGACUUCAACUCGUUUCUCGGGUGGCAUGAAAAAUGUGGUGGUAACCGCACCAAUGAUCGGGAUGCCGAUAAUUUCAGGAAUUUGAUUGAUCAGUGCAACUUAAUGGAUCUGGGAUCCCAUGGUCCGAGGUAUACAUGGAAUAAUAGGAGAGCCGGCAAUGCAAACAUAAGAAUCAAGCUGGAUCAUGCUCUCGCCAAUCCCGAAUGGGGAAUGUUGUUUGAAGAUGCAGUCGUGUUUGUCAAAGCAGCUCUGAAAUCAGACCAUAACCCCCUCCUGGUUGACACCAAUGGAGGGAAGUCUAAUGGCCCUCGUCCUUUUCGCUUUGAGGCUGCCUGGGAUUGGCAUCCGGGAUGCAAAGAUGUUGUCCAACAGGCCUGGUCUAAUCCAAUCCGUGAAUCGUCAGUUUCUAACGUAAGUCAAAGGUCCUCUCACUGUCAAUAUGCUCUCACCAAGUGGAACCAUGAGGUUUUUGGUCGAAUUCAAGUGAACAUCAAGAAGCUUAAAUACGACCUGGAACGCCUCCAAGAUCUUUCGGCCGUUUCAUUUUGUCAAGGUGAAGUCGAUAAGGUUUCCAAACUUCUUGAAGAGGAACUCCUUAGAGAGGAAACCCUUUGGCACCAAAAGGCUAGAGAGGAGUGGCUUAAGUGUGGGGAUAAAAAUUCUGGUUUUUUUCACGCUUUGACGGUUCAAAGGCGUCACCAGAAUCAAAUCCUUAAGCUUAGAUCGGGCUCAGGGGAGUGGCUUAGUAACGAUAAGGAUACAUGUUCAGAAUUGCUAAAUCAUUUUAAGGAGGUUGCUACUUCCACAGGGGUGUCGUCAGAGGCUAUUGAGCGGGCACUGCAGAGUACUCAACCUUUGGUCUCUCGUCAGUGGAAUGAGGACUUAUGUAGGAUCCCAUCCAGGGAGGAAGUCAAAGCUGCUAUUUCCAGUAUGAGUCCCCUCAAAUUGCCUGGGCCGGAUGGGUUUCCCACCCUUUUUUAUCAGAAAUUUAUGGACACUACGCAAGAGGCUGUUUACCAGUUUGUUACAGGUUUCUUUGUCACGGGGGUCAUACCCAAGGAGAUGAACAAUACCCUCAUUUGCUUGAUUCCAAAGGUCCCAUCACCGGAGCGGGCAGAGCAAUUCCGCCCUAUAAGUUUAUGCAACAUAGCAAUCAAGGUGUUGAGUUCAUUAUUUGCUGAGGCGGAGAGGAACAAGCUCAUUAAAGGUGUCCGGGUUCGUGGUCGUGCCCCUCCUAUCUCCCACUUACAUUUUGCGGACGAUUGCCUUAUUUUCUCGGAGGUGAAGCUGCAGGAGAUCAACCACCUCAAAGAUUGCCUUGAUACUUAUUGCCAAGCCAGCGGCCAGGAGAUCGAUUUCAGUAAAUCUAAUCUCACCUUCAGCCCAAAUACUCCAACAAAGUUUAAGAGGUGGUUCUCUCGCAUUCUCAAGGUCCGCUACGGUAAUGGUCCCUCUAAAUACCUAGGCUUGCCCCCUGAGAUUGGGGUCUCCAAGGCCGAGGUCUUUAAGGACAUCACUUCCAGAAUGUGCCAACGGGUACAGGGUUGGAAACAAAGUAUGCUUUCUCAGGCCGGUCAUGAAGUACUCAUAAAAUCUGUUGCAUCCACUAUUUCCAGCUAUGCUGGUUCGCACUUUAUCCUCCCAGCGUCCCACCAUGAUUCGACUAGAUCAAAGAUGUCUAAUUUCUUUUGGGGUCAAAAGGAAGACAAACGCACACUUCAUUGGAUAUCGUGGACUCGAUUAUGCCGGUCCGAGGAGAAGGGAGGUUUGGGUUUUAAGGAUCCCACUCUGCACAAUAGGGUGCUCCUCGCUAAGGUUGCCUGGAGAUUAUUGGACAAUCCGGACUCAUUAUGGGCCAAAUUCACCAAAGCUAUUUACUUCCCACGAUGCAACUUUCUCGAUGCUUCGGUUGGUAGAAACCCAUCUUGGGCCUGGAGGAGCAUUCUAGAGGGGCGUAAGGUCAUCGAUCUGGGUCAGCUUUGGUCCAUUGGGAACGGGAAUAAGCGUGAUCAGCAGUUCUCGACCCGUGCUACUUCAUCGCAUAGGCAUGCUUGGGAAGACAUUCCAUCCGAGGUGUGGAAAAGGAUCUGGAAUAUCAAAACUCUUCCUAAAGUCAAAAAUUUCCUGUGGAUCUGCUGCGCUAACGGUAUAGCCUCAGGUGAAAACUUUAUGAAACGCCACAUCCCCAUUGAUCCCUCUUGCACUAGAUGUGGGCACAAUCCUGAAUCUGUCAAUCACCUCCUAUUCCUCUGCCCUAGAGCUCGAGCGGCUUGGUUUGGAAGCAAUCUUACUGUUGGUAUUCCUGCUAAUGGACCCUUCACGCUUGCUCAGCUCUUGCUCCAUUGGCCAAGUCUAAAUUUUCAUGAUAAGAGAUAUAGCGAGGAUUUGAUGUGCCUUUUAUCUUUCAUAUGUUGGAACAUCUGGUUAGCCAGAAAUGACUUGGUGUUUUGCAUCAAAGGUUGGACCCCAGAGGAUAUUAUAUCUCGAGCCCAAGCGUCUUCUACUGAAUUCCUUUCAAAUACAAGGGGUAACAUCUCCUCCGAGAGGAAUGCUCAUGUGGCUCAUUCUUUUAGCAGGCAAUGGUCUCCUUCAGAUUCAGGCAUCAUCAAGAUAAAUUGUGACGCUGCAUUCUCUCUGAAGGCUCCUGCCAGUGGUAUUGGUGUGGUGCUAAGAGAUCACCUAGGUAAUCUUAUACAAGUAGCAUCUAAUCCCAUUCUGUUUCAUGAGGUUCUGCUUGGUGAAGCCCUUGCUGUGCUCUUUGGUCUGCAAUUGGCCAGCAGUGGAGUCUUUGCCAAAAUUUACAUUGAAUCGGAUAAUGAAGACCUGAUCUCUCUUAUUAGAGACCCUUCUAGACCACACCCCCUCUUCCUCCGGAGCACUUUAUAG